UGUCACUCGAAAGUGAACAGAUCGGUUAUCCGCACCCAUUUUGGAGACAUCGCUUGGAGGUUAACAUGCACGGCCAUUGCUGGGUCCCUGAGCCACUAUAUGAAUAUAAUAAAGAAUCCGGCACAGGCUACUAUUACCCCCAUGUCCAUUUUGCAGGGAUCCAAUCUUGCAAUGGAAAAGAAGACAGUAUGGCAUUGGGGGAGCUUAAAUUGAUUGUCGCGGUAAUGCAGAAUCGUGCCAGUCAGCUUAAGGUUGAUGAGAAUGAAGAAGAGCUUCCUGGACAGUACGAAUUCCAGGAUGAAAAAAGAUUCCCUGUCUUAAUGACAUCUUUCUUGGGCCCUCAACAUGGACGCAUCUUCUAUGCCUGUAUGGAUGGCGAAAAACUCAUAAUCAGACAAUCAAGGCUUUAUAGCUUCGAGAAGAAAGAAAGCGCACCGUGGGAUUUUUUCUCGCGCAUUUUGCUCAGCUCUCCAGAGGUAGAGAAACACUGACUUCUGUAACUUGCUUUGCAGUUGCAGACCUAAGCCAACCUUGCACUUCACAAGGUUAGGUGAAGCCAGGAAUAUUUCAUUCCUAGGCUGAUCAACCAGCUUUAGGCUGACUAGAUGGUUUAGUAGGGCACAAAACUAGUGCUUACAUUUCUUCGACAUUAGGAGAAUUGCUGCAAAUGAAAAAAAAAAAAAAAAAAAGUCAACCUUUAUUGUUAUUUCAAUUUGCCAACGUAAACAGUAACAUUAAGUAGUCAUACAGUAUGCGUAUCUCUGUGAUAAACAUGAUAUAAU